AUGAAGCAAGGACACAAAAUUUCAAUAAAACUUUUUCCUUAUGAUGAUGCUUAUGAGUCUAUAACCUGUGGCUUAAAAUGUGAGCUCUGUAAAAAGUCAUUUAAACGAAAAUUUUCUUAUGAAAGGCAUAUUCGUGUAGUCCACUUAAAUCAAAGACCUUAUGAGUGUUCCUGCUCCAAGUCGUUUGCAACAAAAGAACAAAUAAAUAGACAUAUUAUUAGUAAGCAUACAAAUGAUAAGCCUUUUUCAUGUGAAAAGGGAUGUGAAAAAUCUUUUACUUCAAAAAACGCAAGACUAUAUCAUUAUAAAAUGUAUCAUGAAAAUCAGAAGUUUAAAUGCAUUACAUUACAAUAAUGUCUGUGUUUUAAGGUGCCCAGUGCCACUCUUUAAAUAGGGAUUUAGCCUGAUUAGUGAUAUCAUGGGCCAUUCUCUCACUUAAAAUGGUGCACUAUAUGGGCAGAUUUUCUAAAACAAUGUCGUCUCCAGCCAAAUUCGUACUUCUCACCCGGUGUGUUGCUGUCAUACUCAUCAAACUUAGCUCCAGCACAUGUUCCGCCUAAGGGUCAUCCUCCUAGGAUGUGCAAACUCCCCCCCCCUCCGUGAGCGAACAAAACAAUUUUGUUCACUCACGGAGGGGGGUUAAUUUGUUUUUUUUUAAAAAAUUUAUAUAAAAAAUUUUUUUUUUUUCGAAAUUUAAAAUAAUCCUAAUUCGCAAAAAAUUUGAAAGCAAAUAUUAAUUUAAUUUAUAAAAUUUAUGUUUUAAAAUGCAAUUUGUUCAAAAUUAAACAGAAUUAGCUCUAGAUUUCAUUAUAUUAAUUAUCAUUUAUAUAUCAAAAUUUUUUUCCAUAAAACAUUUUUGUUCACUUACGGAGGGUGGGUUUUUUGGGCAAAAAACAGCGAUCUUUCUAAUGGUUUUGUUCACUCACGGAAGGGGGGAGUAAGUGGUAAAAACCCAAGUCUCUGGAUGCACUGAGGAGUAUCUUUGGUUAUCCCAAAAGUUAAACCGCUAUUGCUGUGCAGAAGUUCUCAAGGCAAAACUAAACCCCAUUUUAUUCAUCCAGAAGUUUAAAUGCAAUUUCUUAGGCUGUGGAAGAGAGUUUUCUGCAUUAAAGCAUUUAAGAAACCACUCACUCCCCCCCUUUAAAUUGGCACUAAAAAUUUUGUUCCAUUUAAAGGGGGGUUAUUUUUUUUUUUUAAAAAAAAUAUCAAUAUAAGUAAAAUUUUGAAAUUUUAUAAAGAAUUCCUAUUGAAUUUAUAUCAAAACUAUCCAAAUAAAAAAUAUCAUUUUUAUCAAAAAAUUUUUUUAAAAAUUUUUAAAAAAAAAAAUUAAUUUUGUUUUAAAAUUUACCAAUUAAGGAUAAUAAAUUUAUUUAAAUAAGAUGCUCUUUAUACUUUUUUCUUUAAAAAAGAGCAAGAUAUAAAUAAAUUUUUAAUUUUAGUUAAGAAGAAACAUUUAACUUACAUCAAAACUUUUUAGAUAAAAAUUAUAUAUAAUUUUUAUUAUAAAAUUAAAUUUUGUUCCAAUUUAAAGGGGGUUAAUUUACCAAAAAAGUGGAAAUUUUACCGAUAUUUUGUUCCAAUUUAAAGGGGGGGAGUCAGAAAAAUCACAUCAAGAAACAUUGCAAACGCUUACUGAAAAGCUAACUGACUCCCCCUCUUUAAAUUGGAACAAAAAAUCCUGUUCCAAUUUAAAGGGACUAAUUAUUUUGUUUAAAAAAGAAUUUUGAUUUUUUCUCUUUUAAAAUUUUUAAAUCUUAAAAAAUAUAAAUUGACUGCAAAGCUUACUCCCCUUUCCUCCAUGAGCGAAUAAAAAGGGGGGCUAUUUUUUCUUAAAUUUAUAUAGCGAAUUCUAUUAGAUGGCGCAUUGCGCGCCAUCUAUAGGAAGGCGCUAUAUAUAAAUUUUAUAGUAAGUUUUUUUUUUCGAAAUUUAAAAAAAUCCAUAUUCGAAAUAAUCUUAAAGCAAAGAUUAAUUUAAUUCGUAAAAUUUAUGUCUUAAAAAGCAAACUGUUAAAAUUAAACAUAAUUAGCUAGAGAUUUCAUUAUAUUAAUUUAUUAUCUUAUAUAUCGAAAUAAUUUUUUUAAAACAAUUUUUUGCUCGCUCAUGGAGAAAGGCUCUUCAAAAAUUAGGGAUUUUACGAUGGCUUAGCUCGCUCAUGGAGGGUGGAGUUAGAAUUUUAAUUCAUUUUUAUGGAAAAUUAAAUAAAAAAAUUAAUUUGAUUCAGAGGUAAAAAUGUUUAAAUAAAAUUCUAAUUGCACUUUUUCUAUGAAAUUAGGUCAAAGCUAAUUUUAUAAUAAUUAGUAUUUUCAUCUUAAUUUUUUUUAAAGAAAUAUAAAUUAGCAUAAUACUUUAUUUAUAAAAAAAUUAAUCUAUUUAGCGCAAAAAACUGAUUAAAUAGCAUUCUAUGCAUUUUAUCUAUUAUAUUAGAUUAAAACUAAUUUUAUAAAAUUAGUAUUUUCAUUGAUAAAAUUUUCGUACUGCCCUCUACCCUUGAUUGAACGACCCGCCGGAUGGAGGUUUAAAAUGAUUGGAAAAAAUUAUAAAAUGAAUAAUUAUAUAAAAAUUUUAGAUGCCCCUUUCCACUCUAUAAAAUAUUUCUGUUCCUUAUUGAUAAUUUAUAAUGAUUCUAAACUUUUUAGCUUAUUAAGCUUUUAAAGCCAGGCUGACGGCUAAAGCACUUCUUAUAUUAUUUCCGUGCAAAUUAUUAGAAAAAACAUAAAUUACUCUUAAUUUGUCAAUGCAAACUAUUAAUUUUCAUAAUUAUAAUAAAUAUUGAGAUUGUAGAGAGGAAUUAAUAGUAUUUUUGAAGGAUAUUUUAAAAAGAGAAUUUUUAUUUGUUGAGUUUGACUGAAAUUGUGCUAUGCAGUUGGAAAUUGGAGCAAGUCAUGAAAGGAAAAUGCUGGGGAAUUAUAGAGUCGCUGAAUGAAAGGAUAAGGACUUAUAUUGGAGAAAUUGUGAAGAUUAGGAUAAGCUUAGAAAAUGAAUUGGCUCAAUAAGUGAGCGAUAACCGUAAUUAAUAAUAAUAAAAUAAUAAAUAUUGACUAAAGUACUGAUCUAUGCUAUCGUUCGAUCAUGAUGAUAGGGCUAUUUUAACAAUUUUUAGGAAUUUUUCAAUAGAAUCGUUCGAUAAAGAAUAGGGGAGUUAUUGGAAAAAAAAAAAUUGUUCAAAUUUAAAAGGGUGGGAGUGAGAAAAGUGCUAUUAUAAAAAAGCUAAAAGCAAAAAUAAAGAAAUUAAAGAAAAAUAAGCAAUAA